AUGGAGGAGGUGUAUAUUGAUGAUCCACACCAGGUGGUCUCUGUGGACAUUGGUCAAAGUGAUGAUUCCGCAAAGUCCGGACGUUUGUCAGAAGACUUUGGAGCAGAGGAGGAGUCCCCUGUCUCUGUAGAGCAGAUAUUCCAGAAUAUGAGACAGAGAGAAAUGGAGAUACUUUUGAGAUCAUGGUUUCCGGAAAUUAACGGACAGGCUGAGAUGGCAGUAGACAAAUCCGAACAAAAUGGCGAAGGAAAGGAGAAAAAAGAAAAGGAAGAUAUAAUGAUAUUGGACGAGGAAAAUAAACAAAAUUCAGCUGCCGCUCUCAGCUCUGAAUUAAACCUUCCUGGAGACGACAAGACACAAAGCCAGUCGGUUCUUCAAGUGGAAGAAAAGUUGAAGAAUAUCGGACAAAAAGAUAUUCUAACAUCAAGCAAACAAUUGUUGGAAAAUAAUGAUAACCCUCCUAUCUCUCCUAAGGAACUGAACCAGAAAAUCAGACAGAGAGAAAUGGAGACGUCAGUUAAUGGAGGAAUACCGAGGGUCGGCUUUCCGGGGGCAGGUUCCAGCGCCACCCUUCUAAUGUCUGGGAGUGAGACACAGAGUGAACCGGACAAAAUGACCGUGGAGGAGUUCUUCCAGUCCAUACGACAGCACGAUGUCAACAUCUUAGUGAGGUCGGGGUAUCCAGGUGCCAGCUAUCACCAACUGGACAGCGAAGACUCCGCUUACGAGAUCGUGCAUGAGGAACUGAAGAAUAAUGAACACUCCAUAAGAGAAGAAAAUGCACAUAUACAAGAUUGGAUCAAAGAGGGAAUAACCCAAGAAGAGAGCGUGGAGUCGUUCACAGGAGUCAUGCUGUGUCUUCCUUGCUGUUACGCAAAGCGGCCCAAACCAUUGUAUGUUAAGAACAAAGAAGAAGAGAAGAAAGAAAAGAGACCCGGUUUGUUGAAAAGAUUUCGACAAUUUGUGUCCAGAAUUGUUCGGAGAAGGCUGGAAUAGAACUGCUGCUGCUGAGAUAAAGAUGAUUUUAAAAUAUUGUGAAUAUGAUCAUGAAAAUGAAAUUUAUAUUUUAUUUUGUUUAAAAAAAAAACCCCCACUGUGAGUGAUAAUAAUGUGCAAUUCUGAUUGAUAGGUCUUUCAAAUUCUGUUACAAUAUUGUUUGAUACAUUUUAAAGAUUUAUAUUUUACUGAUGUGCUUCAUCAAUGAAAAUAUUGAAAUGUA